UCACUGUCAUUAGUACAUUAACGUCAGGCCUCGAUUAUAAAAAUAAAAAUAACCUCUCUUGUCUUGAAACAAUUUUAUUUUGAAAAUUAUUUAUAUAAUAAUGUAUGCUGUGUGAUAGUCAGUUUAAGCCCAAAAAUCCAGGAGAAAUAAAUUUAAACACAAGAUCUCAAUAUUAUAGUCGACAUACUUUGCAUACGAUCCACGAAAUUCAAUGGCUGAAGUCUGUGAUCAAAUAACACAUCUGAAGCGAUUCAAAAAGAUUCCUAUUUAUGUAGUUGAAGAACACAAUGAUGCUUUACAAUUUAUAUAUUCUGCAAUUGGAGGCAAAAAGUUACCAUUAGAAGGAACAACUCUGCUACACUUGGAUGCGCAUCCUGAUAUGCUCAUUGAUCGUAAAUUGAAAGGAGAGGAAGCUCGUUCUGGGAGACAUGUUUUGCCAUUAUUACAAAUAGAAAAUUGGAUUGUACCGGCAGCGGCGGCUGGACACAUCAGCCGAAUCGUGUGGCUGCGUCCGCCGUGGGCGAGCCAAUUCCGAGACGACACGCGAUCCAUACACGUCGGCGAUCAUCCGACGUCAGGCGAGCUGCGCGUCGACUGCAAGGAACCGUAUUACCUCUCCGAUGCACUGUACUGCUCACAACUAGUCAAUAAGAGAAAGUUUAUUUUUACAUCAGCUGAACUCUCUGAUUCGUCACUUGCAGAAGAUGAAAACAAUAUUCAAAAGCUUAUAACUAACCUCGAUAUUACACAACCUUAUGUACUUGACAUUGAUCUAGAUUUCUUCAGUACAGGUAAUCCUUUUCUCGGACUGUACGGAAAUAUUAAUGUCUACGAUCGAUUGCAACCUAUAUUUGAAUUUAAACUUCCCGACAACAACGACAGUGAAACAAUUGAUAAAGUUGUUGAACUGCGAGAACGACAACUUGAGGAACUUGAACGCUUGUUUCAGCACUUGGAGCGAUGUGAUAACUUAGAUGAAUAUCAAGGAGAACGAACUCAACUCUACCACAUGGUUGCCGAGCUAGCAGCGGCAAUUGUAGAAGAAGCUGAACGGUUAAACGAGAAGCCAGACUGGUGGGCAGUGUUCGCAGGAGGGUGCACCCGCGAUCAGGGUGGAUUACCCUACCACAUAAGCACGGAACAAGAAAUACAAAACUUGGUCAAGAAAGCUCUAGUUCCGCUUUUAAAAAACAUACCUCCACCUGUACUGAUCACUAUUGCUAGAUCCACUGACGAUGGAUACUGUCCUCCUCAUCAGGUGGACUAUAUUCAGAAUCUAGUAUUGGAAACUUUGAAAGAAAUGUAUGACACAGAUGAUCCAGCAUUGUAUUACCUCAAUGUGAAUACCACAGCAUUAUAAGCCGUGUUUAAAUAACUUUUAAGUUUUUAAUCUGAAUAAA